ACAGUCUCAUACCAUACGGUCACAACAGAGUGACAGUUUCAACAAAUACAUAAUAAAAUAUGUUUUUGAAAGAAUUAAAGUGCUCUUGGAUGCCCCCCUCUGGCCUCUGAGGGUCACUAAGCGGAUCGCAUAGUUCGCUAAUACCUCACCCUGGCUCUGCUUCAUGCUUUAUAAUGUUUCUCACCCCCCAAAUAACGAUAUAGAAAUAAAUGUACCCCUCCUCCGCCACGCUGUUGGGAAUGAGGAGGAUAAAGAGGGGAAAGCGCAGGCAGCGGCAGCAGCGAGGAGAGCAGAGCAGUGAGGGGGGGAGUGAUGAGUCAAUACAACUAAUAAUUUAAUGGGGACAGAGAGGGAGAGACGGAGUGAGAGGGGCAGAGACAGAAAGAAAGAAAGAAAGAGAAACAGAAGAGGAGCUCCGUCCGGACGCCAAUCCCCCGUCCAACAGACAGGACGCCUCCUACUAUCACUACCGCCGGGGCUGCUCUCGUCUCCGUCCACAUCGAGGGUUUAUUAUCGGCUGCUAUCCGGACUGCUCGGCGGCGGUGUUGGAUGUCGCGGAGCGGAACUAGAGCCGAAGUCGCCUCUUGACUUGUAACCGUUGCAGCGGCGGUUGGAGGCGGCUAAACCCGCUCCACUUUAUGAAGCUAAAUGUCGCCGGUUUUACCGCUCUCCGUUUUUUCUGCCGCUUGUUUCCUCCAGCUGGACGGAAUUAGCUAACGUUCAGGGGCUCCGGCACUCACAGAGAGACAUAACCGCUCACCAAUGUUCGCCUAUCGCGGUCCAUCUCGACCUCGUCGUCCCUCGCAGUGGCACACAGACGCCGGGUUGUUGUUGUUGUUUGUCCGCUGCGCUGCCAAGAAGAGCCGGAGAAAGCGCCUGGUUCAACACUGAUUCUUUUUUAGCACAACCUCCCCGCUGUCAUGCACACGGAGAGCGAGUCCCACUGAGGAGAGGACCCGGGAGUUGUUGUUGUUUUUUAAAAAGAAAUAUUUUUCUACCCUGGCUAAACUUGAAGGAGACGCGUUUUCCAGGCGGUGUUUUAUGCUCUCCAGUGCUGAAGUUCUCAGAUUCAGGUGAUAGUGAGCUGAGGUGCUGAGGAUGAUGGACCAUCUCAGCGAGUCGUGUCUGGGCAAGGAAAACUCGGAGCUAGUGGUAGGCGGCCUGGCCGAAGCCAAGGCCCCGCCGGCCAAGCUGCCCCGGCUGGAGCAGAACGGCAGCCCCCUGGGCCGGGCCAGGCUGGGCAGCGCCGGGGCCAAGCUCGCCGGGGUCCCGUACAAACCCGCUGGCCACCUGCUGAAAGCCUGCCACAAGAGAGGCAACAUGCUGCCCGUGUUCUGCGUGGUGGAGCACUACGAGAACCCCAUGGACUUCGACAGCAAGGAGGAACACGCCGAGUUCGUCCUGGUGCGCAAGGACAUGCUCUUCAACCAGCUCAUCGAGAUGGCCCUGCUGUCGCUGGGCUACUCCCACAGCUCCGCAGCUCAGGCCAAAGGUAUGAUUCAGGUGGGGAAGUGGAACCCCGUCCCGCUGUCGUACGUGACAGACGCGCCGGACGCCACAGUGGCCGACAUGCUGCAGGACGUCUACCACGUGGUCACGCUUAAGAUCCAGCUGCACAGUUGUCCUAAGCUGGAGGACCUGCCGCCCGAGCAAUGGAGCCACUCUACAGUAAGAAACGCCCUCAAGGAGUUACUCAAAGACAUGAAUCAGAGCUCUCUGGCUAAAGAAUGCCCUUUAUCACAGGUGCUGAAGCCCAAUCCGCUUAUUCAAAAUUCCCCCCACCCCCUAAAAAAGAGCAAAAGAAAGCAGAAAAAUAUCUCAACCUCACCCACCUCCCCUCCUUCCGCUACCAUACCACACAACAAAACAAACACCCCUAUCUCCAUCACCUCCGUCUCUUAUCUUUCACUUAUCAAAUGCCCUGAGUUUGAUCCACUGGGAAAGAGAAUUGGCAUAGAAAAUCCAAAUCAAUGGCCAUUGUCGUCUGAAUAUUUUUUUUUCCCUUUUUUGCCGCCUACAAAACACACACACACACACCAAGAGACGUGCGUGCAGCCAAAAAACCAGAGGUGUUAUUGAACAUAUGGUUAUUGU